CCUAGCGUGGGGUUAAGCGGCUUCUCCCGCCGAGGAGGGAGAGUUGAGAACGGGCGGCGGGGGUGUGACACCUGCCUGGGGCUCCAGAGAGCUGCCUCCCCCAGGGACCAGCCGGAGAGUGUGAGGGAACAUGAAGUCCAGUCCUGCCAUCCAGGCCGCCAUCGACCUGACAGCGGGCGCGGUAGGGGGCACGGCCUGUGUCCUGACCGGGCAGCCUUUCGACACAGUGAAAGUGAAGAUGCAGACGUUCCCGGGCCUGUACAAGGGUCUCGCCGACUGCUGCCUGCAAACGUACUCCCAGGUGGGCCUGCGGGGCUUCUACAAGGGAACCGGCCCUGCGCUGAUGGCCUACGUCGCCGAGAACUCUGUCCUCUUCAUGUGCUAUGGCUUCUGCCAAGAGCUCGUGAGGAAAGUGGUUGGACUGGACAGGCAGGCGAAGCUGAGUGAUCUGCAGAGGGCCACUGCGGGGUCCUUCGCCUCCGCCUUUGCUGCGCUGGCCCUGUGCCCCACUGAGCUUGUAAAGUGCCGACUACAGACCAUGUACGAAAUGGAGAGGUCGGGGAAAAUAGCAAAAAGCCACAAUACAAUCUGGUCCGUCGUGAAAGUUAUCCUCAGAAAGGAAGGCCCGUUGGGCUUCUACCAAGGACUCUCCAGCACUCUCCUUCAAGAAGUUCCAGGCUAUUUCUUCUUCUUCGGGGGCUAUGAACUGAGUAGAUCGUUUUUUGCCUCAGGCAGAUCAAAAGAUGAACUCGGCCCUGUCCCCUUGAUGUUAAGUGGUGGAAUUGCUGGAAUUUGCCUUUGGCUUGUCAUCUACCCAGUGGAUUGUAUCAAAUCCAGAAUUCAGGUUCUUUCCAUGUCUGGAAAACAGGCUGGGUUUCUGGGAACUCUUGUAAGUAUUGUGAAAAAUGAAGGAAUAGCAGCAUUAUAUUCUGGACUGACGGCUACUAUGAUUAGAGCGCUCCCUGCCAAUGGGUCACUAUUUCUGGCUUAUGAAUAUAGCAGGAAAAUGAUGAUGAGCCAGUUUGAGGCAUACUGAAGGGUCUUGGUGAACUGGAUCCACGUAAAUGCCUUAGAGGACUAGUUUAUCUUGGGUUUCAUGGAGCCCUGGACCACUGUGGAAUUAUUUUUUACUUCAUGGUAAUUUUUUGUCUUCCCUUCUUCUAAACUUUACAGAAGAACUAUUUUACAUCAUAUGAUUUCCAACCAUAAUUGUAUUAAAUAGAAAUAUGGCUGCUCUUGUGUUUGGUGGGAUAGACGUAGUGAGCAGGUGGCCUAUGACCCUGAUCUAAAAUGACAAAUAUAGUUCCAUCAUGGCUCUUGUAUAAACCUGUACAGGUACAUGCAGUUUAGUUGGUUAUCUGUUGUGAGUAAAACAGUUUGGUUUCAUGUUUCAUCCGUAUCACCAGAAAGACGGAGUUAACCAUGUUUUAUGAAGAUGGUCAUAAAUGACGGCUUACCCCAUUUGAGAUGUAGGUCUCUAAAACUCUGCCUAACAUGUUCACUAUACUAGGCAAUUAAAGUUUUAAAAAAGGUUUUGUACUUGAAAACCUUAAAUACCCAUCUAGAUUUUUUAAGAGGACAGUAUACC